AUGGCUUCCUUCUUCUCAAAGGCCAGGUUAGCGACCUUUUCCAAGUUCGCCGCAGGUGCCACCAUCACAGGCGCCGCUGGUUUUCACCUCUGGACGCGUCAGUGCGCGUUCGACGACACUUUCACCCCGGCCAACGACCCCCUCUUCCAACACUCCCUUCUUAAAAAGGUCAAUCCAAAUAACAAUCCCGACUUUCACGACUGCUGUUACCGCACAGUUUCAUUUGACAAGUUGCGGCCGGAUCUUGUUGAGGACGCGCUUAGUGGAGGCUCAAAGCUUGUGGAGACGUAUUCUGCUGGUGUCUGGGGACGAUAUGCAUUCAAUAUUCAACGCAAAAUCAUGGAGAUGGCCCGUAAAGACAAGUCGAACGCAGGGGACCUCUGGGAGAAAGAGGAGCUAUUAAAGAGCACCUACCCAAUCGGCACGGCUUUUGCUGACGACUUUAUUGUCAUCGAAAAGUCUCCAAGCAGCAUCUUACUGCGGGGUGGGCUCUCCCCCAGGGUAGCGCCUGAUGGCCCACGCGAGUUGGACAGUAUCAUAACCCUAGAUGCGGACCUCGACCGACAGGCCCGAGUCGUCAGCUUCAAGCUCAAGUCAAUACUUCUCAACGGGGUGAGCGACGGUAAUGGUGCUCCACUACCUGGGCCCGCGGUGUUCUUGCAUCAGCAGUACGCUAAGCUGUUGGUAACUGCCGGUGUUGACCACUGUGUUGCAUGA